AUGAAUAUAUAUUCGCGAUUCUUGAGUAGAUAUUACUUUGGUACAGUGAAGAUCUUCAGGUUGCCUGAUUUGGGGGAAAGUAAAUUUUAUACUGAUUUUAGAGAUCAAGGAGGCAACAAUAAAAAAAUGGCAUGUUAAGAUAGGAGAUCACGUAAAUGAAGUACGUCAUUUUUUGAUAAUAGUUCGAUCCUAUUGCGGAUGUUUCAACAGAUAAGAUGUUCACUCAAAUUCCAAGUAAUUACACAGGGAAGGUUCAUAAAUUGUUCCAUUAGGAAGAGGAAACUUGUUUGGUGGGUGGAGAUUUCUUAGAGAUUGAGAUAGAAUCUGAUAAUCAAUAAUCAGCAGCAUCAGAGACUCAUCAUCAUUCAAUUAAAUAAGAAGAUUCAAAGCAAUAAGAAAUUCAUUAAACAAUCCAAACAAACAAUACAACCUCUGUAUUAUUAGAUGAAUUUAUCUUAGAAUCACAAAUUGGCUACACCUGCAGUACGUCAUUUGGCUAAGCAAAAGGGAAUCGAUUUGAGCAAAGUUUCAGGCAGUGGCAAAGACGGAAGAAUAUUGAAGACAGAUCUUGAAAAGGAUAAAUAAUCUCAAAAAGAACAACCAUCAUCAUCAACUAAAAUUAACAUUAAAAGUGAAUCCACAUCAACGGUCAUCAAAAUGUCUGAUUUUUAGAAGGGAAUGCAAAAGUCAAUGACUGAGGCCAAUUCCAUUCCUCAUUUAUACUUAAAAGAAGAAGUCGAUCUCACAGAAUUAGCAUAAAUGAGAGAAUAAUUGAAGAAAGAAAAGAACAUCACAUUCAUGACUCUACUCAUUAAAUCAUUUUCAUUGGCAUUGGCCAAAUAUCCAAUAUUGAAUUCUACAUAUGAUCCCACUAAGCAAUUCGAAUACACAUAACAUUUAUCACAUAAUGUCUCUGUGGCUUUAGACUCUCCUAAAGGUUUAGUGGUUCCAAAUAUUAAAAAUGUAUAGAAUCUAUCAAUUAGUUAAAUUCAAGAUGAAUUGAAUAGGUAACUUCAAUUCUUAUUAAUGAAUAGAUUACGAACCUUAGGAGAAAAGGGAUAGUUGAGUUUUAAUGAAUUAUCUGGGGGCACCAUAUGUUUGAGUAAUAUCGGUACAAUUGGAGGUACGUACACUGGUCCACUCAUUUUGGCCCCAUAGGUUUGCAUUGUUGGAAUUGGUAGAUUGAUGACUGUGCCUAGAUAUGAUGCUAAAAUGAACAUAGUUCCAAGGAAAAUUGUACUUUGAAAUCUUUAUUGUAUUUUAGAUGAACCUAAGUUUCGGUUGUGAUCACAGAGUGAUUGAUGGUGCAACUGUGGCUAGAUUUAACAAUGUUUGGAAAACCUAUUUAGAAAAUCCAACAUCUAUGUUUAUUCAUCUUAAAUGAUUAUUAAAUUAAGG